AUGGGUGCAAACGCGAUCGCUGAACGCUCAUUUGGCUACAUCGACCCGAAUUUUCCAGUCCCCCACGGGGAAAAUGACACCAGCAUAAUUAUCUACGGCUACACGCCAUCCAUCGCAGUCGCAGCUUUCGCCGCCGCGUGGUUUUUCCUUCAUCUCAUCGUCCAUACGGUGCAGAACAUCACGACUCGCAGCUGGUGGUGGAUGACAUUUUCCGUCGGGUUGGUCUUCGAAAUUAUCGGAUACAUCGCCAGAUCUCUUUCGGCCAAGCAGAACCCCUACAAUCUCAUCUACUUUGUUCUGAAUUACUUCUUCAUUGUGACGGCUCCGGUAUUUCUCGCCGCGGGCAUCUAUACAAUUCUCUCCGCACUCAUUCCAAGACUGGGCAGCCGAUACUCGUUCCUGAGUCCGAAAGUCAUCUUGGCUUUCUUCAUCACCUCCGAUGUUAUCUCGACGGUUGUCCAAAUUGCGGGUGCGGUACUGGUCGGUGUGAAGGAAUCGCGCCAGGAAGAUCCAACUACAGCAAACCACAUCCUCCUAGGUGGUCUGUCGUAUCAGGUUUUCGCUAUGAGCAUUUUCGUCAUUCUCAUGUCCACUUUCCAAUUCCGGGCUCGUCGUGCUAUCAAGCAAAAUGGCCUUCGUCUUUUCUGCCUCUCGUUCUCGGUUGCUACAAUCAUGGUCUACUUGCGAACUAUUUUUCGCCUGGCGGAGACAGCGGAGGGUCUGGGUGGAAAGUUGUCGACUCAUGAGGUUUACUUUGCUUGUCUUGAAUUCGCACCCAUCGCUCUUGUUGUCCUUCUGCUUGCUAUCUGGCAUCCGGGCCGUUGUAUUGGAGCGCGGGUGCGGACUGAGGUGUCCAAGUACUAG